AUGGAGGCCCUCCUCGCCCAGCUGCUUGGACAAGGCGGCCUGCCACCGGUGGCGCGCGGGAUGAGCGGGCUGCAGCAGUACGACCCCACGCAGCCGCCUGUGCGCUUCACGCGCCAAGAGCUAGAGAGGGCCCUCCGCCAAGGCCACGAGCUGGCCGGGAACUACCUUCCCAUUGUGGACCACAUUGCAGCCGCAUGGACGGCGCUUAGGCAAGGGCGCAACAAGGAGGGGGUGGGGGAGCUAGCGGCAGCGCUGCGGCUGCCAGAUGGGAGCUGGCCGCUGGGCGCGGGCGGGCCCAUCACCAAGCGCAUCGCGGACGCCGUGCGAAGCUCGUUUGAGACCCCCUGGGAGACGCCCGACGCGGUGGCCGUGUCGUGCUACCUGGCCAUUGUGGGUCCGCAGCUGGCGGGCGGCUACCCGCCAGGCGACCCCGAGGAGUUCUUCAACAAGGCGGUGGCGGCGUACCCUGACGACGCGUACAUCUGCCACAGCCGUGCCACCUUCCUGGCCUUCCGCAACCGCAGCAGGGAGUCUCUCAAGUGGCUGGACCGCGCCGCGGCCCUGGGCAUGCCGCGGCGCUCGCUGCUGCUGGAGCGCUCCGGGCUGCUGCUCGGCAUGGGGCGGACCACUGAGGCGGGGGAGAGCCUCGGGGAGUACCUGGCAACGCCCGGAGUGGAGAUUGAGAGGGACUGGCCGGUGGCGCUGAUGAAGAUGGCCUACAUCCAGAUGGUCAGGGCGCAGGACCGUGCGCCGAGCCGUGGCUUGCGCACGAGGCUACAGGCCUCGCAGGAGGCGCUGUACUGGUUCACGCGCGGCCGCGACGCGGCGGCCGCGCUGCCGGCGUUCUGCGGGGAGUUCAGCCCAGGAGAAGCCGCGUUUGCGGUGAUGGAGGCAUUGGAGACGGCCGGGGUGAUACGUGCCAACGGACAGCUAACGGCAAGCGGCCGCAAGGCGCUCGCGGAGCGCGACGCACGCGUGGCCAAGGAGGCGGCUGCAGCGGCUGCAGCGACAUUUGACACUGCGGCAGCCAAGCAGACGCCCGCGGCAGAGGCGGCGGGCGCAGCGGGCGCAGGCGUGAGAGACCAGGGCGAUGGCGAGCACACGCAUGAGGCGGCGGGCGCCCAGCCUUCCAAGAGCGCUGAUGCAACGGCCGCAGCCAAUAAAAAAGGGCCUAAGAAGUCCCAAACUACCAACAACAAGAAGAAGAAGCGGGGGGGCCGCUAG